CCCGGCCAUCAGCUGAUGGGCCGCCCGCCGCGAAGACCGCCGCCGCCGCCGCCGCCGCCGCCGCCGCCGCCGCUGCCGCUGUGCGAACAUGGCGGCCGAGAUCCACUCCAGGCCGCAGAGCAGCCGCCCGGUGCUGCUGAGCAAGAUCGAGGGGCACCAGGACGCCGUCACGGCCGCGCUGCUCAUCCCCAAGGAGGACGGCGUGAUCACAGCCAGCGAGGACAGAAGUGGACCAAUGUACGUGACUGCAUCCAAUCCUCACAUCUCCCUGUGAGAACUAUCCGCGUAUGGCUGAAAAGAGACAGCGGUCAGUACUGGCCCAGCAUUUACCACACAAUGGCCUCUCCUUGCUCGGCCAUGGCUUACCAUCAUGACAGCAGACGGAUAUUUGUGGGCCAGGAUAACGGAGCCGUGAUGGAAUUUCACGUUUCUGAAGAUUUUAAUAAAAUGAACUUUAUCAAGACCUACCCAGCCCAUCAGAACCGGGUGACCGCGAUUAUCUUCAGCCUGGCCACAGAGUGGGUGAUCAGCACGGGCCACGACAAGUGUGUCAGCUGGAUGUGCACCCGCAGCGGGAACAUGCUGGGGAGGCACUUCUCCACCUCCUGGACUUCGUGUCUGCAAUACGACUUUGAUACUCAGUAUGCUUUUGUCGGCGACUGUUCUGGACAGAUCAGCCUGCUGAAGCUUGAACAGAGCUCCUGUUCAGUUAUUACCACCCUUAAAGGACAUGAAGGUAGUGUCGCCUGCCUCUGGUGGGACCCUAUUCAACGGUUACUCUUCUCAGGAGCCUCUGACAACAGCAUCAUCAUGUGGGACAUCGGAGGAAGGAAAGGCCGCACACUCUUGCUCCAGGGCCACCAUGACAGGGUGCAGUCGCUGUGUUACCUUCAGCUCACGAGGCAGCUGGUCUCCUGUUCCUCAGACGGCGGAAUUGCAGUGUGGAACAUGGAUGUUAGCAGAGAGGAGGCUCCUCAGUGGUUAGAAAGUGAUUCUUGUCAGAAAUGUGAGCAGCCCUUUUUCUGGAAUAUAAAGCAGAUGUGGGACACGAAGACACUGGGGUUGAGACAGCAUCACUGCAGGAAGUGUGGGCAGGCUGUCUGUGGGAAGUGCAGCACCAAGCGCUCCAGCUACCCUGUCAUGGGCUUUGAGUUCCAGGUCCGCGUCUGCGAUUCCUGCUAUGACUCCAUCAAGGACGAGGAUCGGACUUCUCUAGCAACCUUUCACGAAGGAAAGCAUAACAUCUCCCACAUGUCCAUGGAUGUUGCUAGGGGCCUGAUGGUGACCUGUGGGACCGAUCGCGUGGUGAAGAUUUGGGACAUGACGCCCGUGGUGGGCUGCAGCCUGGCGACUGGGUUUUCUCCACAUUGAUCCAGGAGCCGGGCGGGGUCUGCACCUUCCCAGCAGCAGCCUUCACCAAACAGGAUGCUUCCCUGUAGCUCCACAGUCACUGUCACGUGGAUGGACAGCAGCCACUAAAAACCAAAUCAACGUUUUUAAAAAGAAAAAAAAAAUGUAAAGGUGUGUUUUGGGGCCUUUGUGGAACUACCCGUGGGAUGUAGCGGGUCCCCAAGGAAUGGAGUUACUCCAGCGAGACGUCCUCGGGCGUGGUGAGCUGACGUGUGCUGAGGCAGUAAUUUAGCACGCGAGAGUUUCGGAGGAAAAAUACUGAACGGAAGAGUUAAAGCCUAGAACUUUCUUCAGGCAGUUCCAACUACAAACACACUUCCCCCCAGACCUGCUGGGCCCGCAGGGGCUCCCAUGCUUCUCUGCAGGCAGAGCAGGGGUCAGGGGAGGAGGGCUUGUUCUCUCCCUUGGGGGCUGCAGUGGGACUUAGGAGCCCAGAGAUUCUCCUCAUCUGCUGGCAGUCUGUGAAUAUUCUCUACGCCUCGUCACUGAGAAACCUCUUAACAAUAUCUGUCCUCUCCAGGUAGUGCCAUGUCUGCUCUUAGUGUGUGGCCCACUUCAGUUGUUUCUCGUCCCAGCCAGCAUGCCGUGGGCGAACUCUCAGAUUGUCACUAAGUGAGCUGUACAGUUUCUAUACUAACCAAGGCAGUCCGCACUCUUCCCUUUCCCCCAAAUGUGCUCUGAGGACGAGACGUUUCUAUGGUGCUGUUAACACGGGACUCACACAAGCCGCCUGACUUUUUCUGAUUGCAGUCAGUGAUGACUAAUGGAAAACCCAGCUACCAGCAUGACUGUGGUGGGAUGUGAUCAGCCCAUUCCAUGGAAUAGCCCAGUCCUCCUAAAAGACACAAUCUAUUUGCAGUUCCAAGAUGAGCCCCUGUGAUACUGUGGCAAUUUAACAGACACCUCAGAAAAGGACUCCAAAGCUUUUUAAACUAGGUUGACUUUUAGUUAUAACUUAUUUCAUAGAAGGAAAUCGGUAAUCCAGAGCAGUAACUGUUAACCAGGUCCUGCACAGUAAUCCCUAACUUGUAAAUUACUUUCAUAACAAUUAGCAAAAUCUGUUGUAUCAAACGGCAUUUUAAAAGUUUUUGGCGACUUAGUACCAGGAUGGGGCAGAGGUAGGGAAUGGGGAGCCUGUCUCUUAAUAUUCAAAUAUCUAUUUGUUUUUAACAGCAAAACAUGUAUCUGUUACUUUAGGGCUAUGGAAGUGAGUGGAGAGAAGUCAACUUUUUUUAAGGACAGAUUUUAAAAUAGAUAGCAAAAGUAUUUUUGUUAGUCUUACUAAUGGAUAUUGAAAAAAACUACUGCAUCGCUUUUGGGGGAUCAUAUCAAGACAACAUCGUUGUGUAUGAUAUAACUAAGGGACUAAAUAUUUUAAAAUAACAGCUGUUAAUUAAAAUGGUUUUUUUAACAUCU